AUGGCAACCGUUUCCAACGGCGCUGAGUACGACUUUAUUGUCGUUGGUGGUGGCACGGCUGGCAAUGCCGUUGCUGGUCGCCUUGCUGAAAAUCCCGAUGUUCGUAUUCUGAUUGUUGAAGCUGGUAUCCCGAACCCAGACCAAAUCGAACAAAUUACCACGCCGUCAAAGGCAUUUACCCUUCGUGGAAGCAAGUAUGACUGGGCAUACAAGACGACUAUGAUCAAGCGCGAUGACUACGAGCGCAUUGAAAAACCCAACACCCGCGGAAAGGCCCUUGGUGGAAGUACGUGUGCCAAUUACUUCACUUGGAUCCCGGGCUCGAAGCCUACCUUUGACGACUGGGAGGACUUUGGAGGCCGAGACUGGACCUGGGAUAGCUGUGUGGAAUAUCUGCGCAAGUGCGCCACGUACCAUGACGAUGAGAAGUUAUAUCCGGCCGAACUGAGCAAGAUUGGGACCGGAGGUCCUGUGCAGAUCUCCCAUGCCGAUUUGGUGCCGGAAAUGCAACCGUUCCGUGAUGCGCUUACCGAAGCAUGGGUCUCUAAGGGCCAGCCUCUGACAGAGGACAUCUUUUCUGGUGAAAUGAAAGGCCUUACCCACUGUGUCGACACCAUCCACCGAGGCGUGCGCCAGGGUAGCUUCCUGUACUUGAAGAACAAGCCGAACGUGACAAUCCUCUAUGGGGUUCAGUCGAAGCACUUGAUCAUCGAUCCGGCAACACGCAUCUGUUCCGGCGUCACUGUGAUCAGCGGAGCUUCCAACACCGAGAUCAGUGUUUAUGCUAGCCGCGAAGUGAUUUUGUCUCAAGGUGUAUUUGAGACACCCAAGCUUCUCAUGCUGAGCGGUAUCGGCCCGGCCGCAGAGCUAGCUAAGCAUGGAAUCAACCCGGUUGUCGACUCUCCUCAUGUUGGCCAGCACCUCCUGGACCAUCCAAUUGUGCCUUUCGUGCUUCAGCUCAAAGAUGGUUAUGGCCUGGAUGAUCACAUCCUCCGCUCUGGUCCUCUUAAUGACAAGGCAUUGGCUACAUAUCAGCGUGACAAGACGGGCCCUGCAAGCUCCGGAUUUUUGGAACUUGUAGGGUUCCCCCGCAUUGAUGAACGACUGGAGAAGUAUCCCGCCUAUCGCGAGGCGAAGGCUGCGAAUGGUGGACUGGAUCCCUUUGGACCCGCGGGCCAGCCUCACUUUGAGCUUGACUUCGUCGGCUUGUUUAGCACCGCUUUCCAGUGGCACUUCCCGGUUCCCGAGCAAGGAAGCUAUAUGACCGUCAUUGUCGAUCUGCUCCGGCCGCUGUCCGAGGGUGAGGUUACCCUGAACAGCUCAAACGCCCUGGUUCAGCCCAACAUCAACCUCAACUUCUUUGCCAAUGACUUGGACAUCCUGGCAAUGCGUGAGGGUGUGCGCUGGACAUAUGAUGUUUUAACCAGCGGUGCUGGGUUCAAAGACAUCGUCGUCCGGGAGUACCCCUGGAAGAUGCCUCUCCAUUCUGAUGAUGAGAUGAACAAGGCUGUUCUGGAUCGAAGCCAGACUGGAUUCCACCCCUGCGGCACAGCACGACUCUCUAAGAGCAUCCACCAAGGCGUCGUUGACUCGAAGCUUCGAGUACAUGGAGUGCGCAACCUCAGGAUUGCGGAUGCUUCCGUUAUCCCUGUGAUUCCCGACUGCCGUAUUCAGAACUCAGUCUACAUGAUUGGCGAGAAGGGUGCGGAUAUCAUCAAAUCCGAGCACAAGGAUCUCUAUGAGGCAAAGAACAUUCCCUACUUCGUCUCUAGCAAACUGUAA